GUAUUGUCUUAAGGAAUCACAAAUUCAAAAUCCAAUAAAAUCAUCGGUUCACUGGCAUCCUCACAAGGUUAAUGCCCUCACGUUUACAAGUGAUGGUACAUAUCUCCUUUCUGGAGGUGAGGAAUCAGUUCUCGUGAUAUGGCAAAUUGAAACAGGUCAUACGCAAUUUCUUCCUCGCCUUGGAUCUGAGAUUCAAUCCAUCACAAUAAGUCCUGAUCAGGCCUUAUACGCAAUCAAUUUAUUGGAUAAUUCUAUAAAAAUAUUAUCUGCGGUGAAUUUGGAAAUAAAACAGGCCAUCCAAGGAUUAAAACAUGCACAAAUGGAUGCUUCCAUAUAUCCUUUAUCUACGGGCCUUGUUAUUGAGCCGCGAAAUCAUUUUGUAGUCCUUAAUGGUCUUCCAGGAACUAUACAAUUCUAUAACCCUUAUGCGGAUCGGCAUGUAAUGGAACAUGAGGUAUCUCGGCGGACGAUGAUAUCAAGAGCGUUCGAAAAAGAUAUUGUUUAUCCCAAUGUGAUUCACGUGUCAUUUUCAUCAAACGGCGAUUGGAUGGUCACGGUCGAUUCUCGAGAAGAUGGCGAAACCACUCCAGAGUUAUAUUUAAAGUUUUGGCAGUUCGAUCCUAAUUCACAGACAUACGUUCUUAACACGCGUGUCGACAAUCCUCAUUCUAAAGCAGUUGUAUCGUUAAAUUUUCAUCCUGGCACAAAUGAUACCUCCAUAAGCUUUGUUACUACAGGUUUAGAUAAUAAAUUCAAGGUGUGGGGGGUCAAUUCUGAGUCACAUAUGUCGCAGGCGCCUAAGGAUGCGGCAUCGUGGAUAUGUAAAUUCGUUGGUUCCUAUCGACAAUAUACUCCACACGCAACAGCGUUUUCACAAGAUGGAUCUAUACUUUCAAUUGCAUAUGGUUCCAUAAUAACUCUAUGGGAUUCUCAAUCUAAUGUUCUUAGGGAUGUUUUAACUCUUAUACCAAAUUAUGAGCAUAUUAGGCACUUGGUGUUCACGAAUAAUUCGCCGUUUCUUGUUGUCACUACGCAGAAUUAUUUGUACGUAUGGAAUUUACUUACCUGUACAAUUUGGUGGGGUCAUAAGGUCGAAGUACAUCAUUUAGCCAUAGAUCCUAAAAGUUCCCGUUUUGUUGUUGCAAGCAAUUGCAAGAGAUUGCAAGAGUGUCGCCUUUUUGUUUUUGAGCCGCAAACUGCUAUACCAGUAAUGGUUCACACCAUAAAAGAUAUAAUCAAUGCAAUAGCUUAUUUGCCCAGAAAGUUUGAUGCUAACUCAUUUUCAAAUGCACAAAUGAUAUCAGUCACAGGACAUGUCCCCCCGAUGUAG